AUGAAGUGGCGUCUCACACUUGAGUGCGAUGCCAUCGGACAUCCCCAGCCGCACAUCUAUUGGCUGUUCAACGGCGAGGAUGCCAGCUUGGAUAACGAGACGAGAAUCGAGCUCAAUCGCCUUGUGAUCCAUCAUGUACAAAAGCGGCACGCGGGCGUCGUUCAAUGUUUUGCCCGCAAUCAGUUGGGCGAGACCAGCGAAGGAAAUUUGUUGCGUGUGAAUCCGUUGCAGAUAAGCGGCGAAGACGAUCAACCGCUGGGCAAUGUUCCAUUGCGCUUUGAUCACGAACCCAGCCAUGGAUCCUCCUCAUCCGGAUCUUCGUCCUCUUCUGGCUCCUCGUCGAUGACGUCAUCGUCACGCAACAAAAACAAGCGCAAAUAUAUGAGAGUUGGUAAGUACACAAUUGUAAUUUUUGUUGUUCUUUUUGUUGCUUUGUUCACUGUAUUUCAUUUCGAUUUACAAUUACAAUUAGAGAGAAUGGCUUAUGGGGUAAUUGAUAAUCGGUAAUUGGUAGUCUGUAAUCGGUAAUCGAUAAACUCCCCAGCGCCCACCCAAAAAAAAAACUAAAAGAAUUCAAAGUACAAUUAAA